CCCGGGGUGACAAAAAAAUAAAAAUAAAAAAACUCAGGAGUGAUAGAGAGAGAGAGAAAAAUGAGGAAGCCAGAGUUCUCGUCCGGCAAGAACGGCGCGAACGUCGGCAACAGUAACAUCAACAGCAACAACAACAACAACAGCGGCAGUAACAACGUUGUUGUUGCUAAUAAGCUUCGGAAAGGGUUGUGGUCGCCGGAAGAAGACGAAAAGCUGAUGCAUUACAUGCUGAGCAACGGGCAAGGGUGCUGGAGUGAGGUGGCGAGGAAUGCGGGGCUGCAGCGCUGCGGCAAGAGUUGCCGCCUCCGAUGGAUUAACUACCUCCGCCCCGAUCUCAAACGCGGCGCCUUUUCGCCGCAGGAAGAAGAGCUCAUUAUCCAUUUGCAUUCUCUCCUCGGCAACAGGUGGUCACAGAUUGCGGCACGUUUGCCCGGACGUACGGACAACGAAAUCAAGAAUUUCUGGAACUCAACACUGAAGAAGAGAAUGAAGAACACAUCCUCGUCUCCCUCCACGACUACGUCACCAAACACCAGCGAUUCCUCGUCCUUGGAGCCCUGCAGGGACAACAUCAUGGGAGGCCUAAUCUCCUCCUCAUCAAUGCAGGAUCAUCAUCACCACCACGCGCUAAUGUCGUCAAUGUACAUGCACGACCCCUCCUCGUCCUCGUCGUCUUCGUCGUCGUUCUCGUCCUCCAUGCCCCUAAGCGCGGCCGCGGCGGCGGACCCGCUGCCGAUGCUCGGGCACAGCAUCUCCGCCGCGGCCUCGUUCAUGGAAACCGGCCACGCUCUCGGCGGAGGCGGCGCGUAUUACGGGGACCACAGGAUAUUCGGCGGGAAUAUCGGGGCGGAAGAAGGGCCAAACCAUCUCUUCAUGGUCCCACCGCUGGAGAGCGUGAAUAAUGCGGUGAAAUCCGAGGGUUUUGUGAGUAGGAUGAGCAUUCACAAUACCACAAACCCUAAUCACAACACUAAUAAUAUAAACACCAACAGUAUCGACAUAAACAACCAUUUCAUGAAUAACAACAACGUUAAGGUAGAGAAUGUGGGAGGGGGGUUUGGGAGCUAUUGGGACAAUGGAGGAGAAUGGGAUUUGGAAGAGUUGAUGAAAGAUGUCCCUAAUUCAUUUCCUUUUCUUGAUUUCCAAGUUGAAUAAUCCAUUAUAUACAUUAUUACUUUCA